AGAUGUCAGCACUGUUCGUUGCACUACAGUUACAACGACGUCGAUGUCAACAGUGUUCGGAGCAGUGAGGGAGUACGUUUGAUCUUGAUCGUGUAGUAAAGCGCUUGGUGCUGCCGGUAGUGAUAUGGUUUUGCGUUAGUGACUCAUUGUGGAAGGGAGGAAACGCGAGUGAGCGCGUCUCGCGAAGGUAUUCCGUAAGGAUCACCGUGUUCAUUCGUUGGUUCGUUCGUCGUUCGUUGGUUCGUUCGUGUACAUAGUUUAGACGGUGUAGAAGCGAAGGGUAGCCUUCGCGCGAGUGUCCGGCUCGCGCAUGGCAUCCCUUGCCGGUUGAAACGCCUUUUUAACGAAAAGGCGAGUAAGAAAGAAAGGAAGGAAGGAAGGAAGGAAGGAAGGAAGAAAGAAAGAAAAGAAGGAAGGAAGAAAGGAAAGAAAGAAAGAAAGAAAGAAAGGAGUUAAAGCGAGAAAGAAGGAAGAAGGAGAGGGAGCGAGACAAGAGCGGGAGAGAAGGUAUCGCGCGCGAGCGGGGCCCAGCCUCUUGGCGUGCCUCCUCUCGUGCUUCCUCUCGCGCCUCUUCUCGUCGUCUUGUCGUUUUCGCCACGAGCGCCGAACGCUAGUAAGAAUUACGAACGGACCGACACGAUGACCGACAACCAGGAACAAACGCGCGAAACGGCGAUAAGUAACGUCGAAACCGAGUACCUGGAGAUCACCUCGAAGGAAGCUUGGCCGAUUCUCUAUCAGCAUAUAAGAAAUGAAUGUGGUAAUUAUGGAUACACGUAUAAUGAAUCGAAGAAACGACAGAAUAGGAACUUGAAUCGUUACAGAGAUGUGGCUCCUUACGAUCAUACCAGAAUUGUUCUUAAAAGGGGUCCAUGUGAUUAUAUUAAUGCCAAUCUGAUACAGAUGGAUCGUGCACAUAGACAAUAUAUUCUCACGCAAGGACCACUGCCGUCUACUGCUGGUCAUUUCUGGCUCAUGGUAUGGGAACAAAACAGUAAAGCUGUAUUAAUGCUAAAUAAGACAAUUGAAAAAGAUCACGUUAAGUGCCAUCAAUAUUGGCCUCUUGAAAGUACAGAAAGUACAAUGGCUUUCCCAGAUGUUGGUCUAAAAGUAGAGUAUAUUAGUAAAACAGAGUCGUCAGAUUAUACCACAAGAACAUUACGAAUAACAGAUUUGGAAACAUUGGAAAGCAGAGAGAUCUUGCACUUCCAUUAUAUUACUUGGCCAGAUUUCGGUGUGCCACAAAGUCCUACAGCCUUUUUACAUUUUUUAGCAGAUGUAAGACAAUCGGGAGUAUUAAAUCAAAAUGUUGGUCCACCUGUUGUUCAUUGUUCUGCUGGGAUUGGAAGAUCAGGAACUUUUUGCUUAGUUGAUACAUGUCUUGUUUUAAUAGAAGAAAAUGGCUUAAAUUCUGUAAAUGUACGGGAUGUUUUGAUGGAGAUGAGAAGGUCUAGAAUGGGUUUAAUACAAACACCUGAUCAAUUACGAUUUUCAUACGCUGCCAUUAUUGAAGGAGCAAAGCAAUUGCCAUCCAAUAACGUGAAUGUCGACAACAAUGAAAUAGUAACAAAUCAUUAUGAUGUUGUUAAUAACAUCAGUAACUCUUCAAUAGAAGAAGAAGAUGAGCCUCCACCUUUACCACCUCCUAGAGGAGAAUCUUUACAACGUAGCAUGAUAGCUGAGUUAACUGCUAAUACAAACACUGGAAAUGCAGAUGAAUUAGGUGGACCACCAGAUAAACCAUUACCUAGAGAACCAUCAAUAUGUACACAACCAUCUACAAGUCCUCCUCCUACAAACUCUACAUCUAUUGCAAAUAAACUUCACGAACAAAAUUCUGAUGGUGCUGUAUCUUCAGCUGACAUUGUCAACGAUAGUGAAAGUUCUUUUCAUACAGUUAGUCCUCCGUCCAGUCCUGAUGCAAAAAGUGAACUACGUCAACGCAAUCGUGAUAAGAAGGAACGGCUGGCUGCACAAGUUCGCGAGAUGAAACGUCGCCAAAAGGAAGUCGAAGAAUGGCAAAAACUCAAGAGGUCAUUAUUUAAGCCCCUUACAAUAGGCAUAGGUGCAGCAAUUGUUGGUGGGGGUGUUUUAGCACUUGUUGGCUACUUGUAUAUGCGUGGUUAGAAUUAUAAGAUUACAAAUAGUAUCACUUGUAUAUGAAAUUGCAAGUGACCAGUGAUACUAAUAUGAUGCACGUAUUUCGAGAACUCUUAUUCUCAAUGCAAGAUUUUUACAUCUUGAUCCUUAUCAGUUACUACUCUCUUUAAAGUUUAGCUAAUUAGAAAAGAGAAUCGUGUGAGAGGAAGUGAACUAUUAAUGGUAACAGGAUCAUCUGUCAAAAAAUAGUAUCAUAAGUGAUACUCGGCGAUCAACUUCUGAUGAUCGUAUUAACAAACGAAGGUAAUAUAACAUAUGAAUAUGAGUACGACUAAUCACAAAUUGCGAAUGCAAGAUGUGAUAUUUGAGCAUCAGAAGAAAAUAAGUAGAUGUUAGGGAAAACUGAUCAAUGAAAAAGAGCUGAAAUUUUCAAUUUGUAUUUUUAUAUUGCGAUUCAUUCUAUAAAUAUUUGAGACUAGAAUGCAUGUCCAUUUCCAGAUUCCUUGCAUAGAUUUCGUCAUACCAUGUCAUGAUUCAUUAAUCAAUUAUCCAGAUAUGCUCUUGUACAAAUCUAAUGGAAAGGUAUCACGUACUUUCAGAGAACUACUUCUUAACUUUUAUAAGUAAUGUGUUACGAGAAACUUGAAAUUUCGCGUUCAAAAGGUUCUUCAUUUAUAUAUAAACAGCAUAAAAAAUAUCGGAUACAUGCAUUCUUUUCACGUUGAUUCAGUUGAUUAUACAUUUAUAUUGAAGUAGCAAUGAACUUUUUAUAAAUAAUGUUUCUUUCACGUCAAUUUCAUAUCAUCGAUAGUUACACAAUUCUUGUAAAGUACGUUUCAAGUAUAAAUUAAUUUAAUUCAUUUGAACGCGAAGUAUAAUAUUAAAAUGCAAUUAUUGCAUAUGUUAAAUACUUAUUGCUAUAUCGCUGUUUUUUUUUUUUUUUUUUUUUUUUUUCUAUUUAGUAUUCUAACUAAUAAGGAAGUAAGAUUUACAGGAGAAUUUUAUAUAAAAAGAAGCAAUUUUUUAAAUAGAUUAGAUCUAGUGAGAUUCAGGGUACGAAAAUCAUGAAAUUGACAAGCACCUCAUUAUCUUUAUAAUGUGUAAUAGGUACGCUUGUGAUAGAACUAGAAAUUGUUAUAAUAGUCACAUAGUAGCAUCAUAGAUGUUUUUUUUUUUUUUAAAUAUUUACCAUUAACAUAGAGUUUGCUCUUUCACCAAAAUGUUUACAGCAAACGAAAAAAGGAUUAAUUAUUCGACACCACGUAAUGAAGUUGAAAUGUUGCGGAAAUUAAUCGAAAGAAAGAAAAAAGAAACAGUUAAAGAAAAAAAAUCCAGCUAACAGAUAUAAAAUAUAGUAGCAAUAUUCACGUAUAAUCAAUUCAUAAGAUAUAGAUACUAUAUUGAUUGGAAUUAAAAUGGAAAAUUUUUUCAUAGUUCGACAUUUAUAACACACGAUAGUCAUUUUUCUCUAGAGUAUCGUUUGUUUAAAAUAAUGAUUUCGCUCAAGUCGUCUACCUGAGGCUAUAUGGUAGAUAAGUUAUAUAUUUCUAUUCCAAAAAAAAAAUAUUUGUGUGUAUCUGAUAAAAUACUUAUCCUUUGUUAGAAAGUAUUUUGAAUUCGUUCUAUUAGAUUUUAUAUUAUAAUUUCAUUUCAUUUCGUCUUUCAUUCGUAUCAUAAUUUACGAACUUUAAUGAUAACUGAUCGAUUUAUUUGUUUCUAUUUUCUUCGAUUUUACACAAUAACAUUCCUCAUUAUUAUAGAAGUAUAACUUCAAGUUUUCUGAAGUUAUAAGCAAAAUCUUUAAAAGAUACAAGAAAUAGUGGGUUCAGAAUUCAUCUAUAAUGCAUUAAUCGCCCAUUGCUUAUUUCUUCUUUGUUUCAUGACAUACUUAUUUGGAGAAGUACGUAUUACGAUUAGGAAAAUUAAUGACAUAUAGUAGGAGUAACUCUUUCAUUUUAAAAGAAAUUUGGCAAACUGAAAGGGAUAUCUCCACUGUGUGUCAUUAAUGCUCCCAAUUGUAUAUAUCAAUAUGAUAUAAAGAGACUUCAGUUUUGUAUGCAACUUUCUAUUGAUAACUUCGAAAAUUUUUUAAGUAUUUGAGAGAUUGUCAUAAUGUAUUUAUAAUUUUAUCCUCUUGCUCCUACUUUUUAUAAAAAGACCAUACGGUAUAUGAAAUGAACGUGGUCAUUUAAACCUAUAAUUGAAAGUCUCAUUGAAAAAUAUAAUGUAUUUAAAGAAAAAAAUUUCUGUAGAAAGACAUUUUUAGAAACGUACAGAGCAAGGGGAAGACUGAGUAUGGCUAAUAACUUCUCAAAGAAACAAAAAAAAAAAAAAGAGAUGAGUAAAAGAAAAUAGAGCAUCCAGCUCAUAUUUGUAUAUCGAACUAUACUAUACGUAUAUAUAUAUAUAUAUAUUUAUAUGUAUAUCUAUAUGUAUAUGUAUACGUAUCCGUAUCCGUAUCCGUAAGUCAUGAAGACCUUGAAAAAAGGAAUUUGGAUCGUAUUUCAAUUAACCGAAGUUGCAAGAGUGUGUACUUGAUAUAUCGGUAUGUUUUCUGAGCGUGACCACUUGAGAGAGCUUGUGUAGUAUGUGCGAGAAAGUGCAUGCGUGUGCGUGUUUGUAUAAGUGUUUUCACAAAGGUGUAUUUUUUACUUUCAUACAUUAUUAACGUUGGAAUACGAUCUCUGAAACUAUAGGAACAUUAGAUUUAGAUGGACGCGUGUUCAUUUUCCAUCUUUACAAGGUAUAUAAAUGAGAAUAUGCAUGUAUGUAUCUAUGUAUAGACAUGAAUACAUAAAUGAGCAUACAUCUUCUAUUCUGUUGUAAUUCCACAUACGCAUAAUCAAGCUAUAUUAAUUACACAAGUGCGCUCAUAAGUGAAAAGGAAAAAAAAAAACAAAAACAAACAAACAAAAAAAAACUAUUAUAAUACUUACUAUCAAUAUUUUUCUUGUUACAAGUUGUGUACAUCUGUCGAUGCUAACAAAUAAUGUAAAUUGUACCAUCAUCAAAUUAGAGUUUAGUUUAUGAAAGUUUGUCGUCAUUUCUUCUACACUCUUAACUACAUAUUUUCAAAAUACUUCUCUUCUCUUUAUAUUAUUACACAGAAUAAUACAUACAAUAACAAAAUUAAACACUUUAUAAUUAUCGUACCGUAUAGAAAUAAUAUAGAACACUAUCUCUCGACGAUAUUUAACAAAAGGUGGAAGAACACGCGUACUGAACUUUUUACUUUCGGUCGAUUUAAAAAGACUGACGACAAGUACAGAAAAGGGGAUACGAUGAACAUUUUAUGCCUUCAAAUUUUUCAAAUAAAAUAGUCAACGAUAAGAGCCUAGUUAGCUAACGCUCAAACUCAUUGUUUGUAUGGAGAAAAAGAAAUGGAAAGAUUGGCAAGAAACAAAAAAGAAAAAAGAACAAGUAGGCGGUUGGUUACUACCUCUGUGUUGUGCUUAGGCAGAGAUGAUUUUUACGAUCAGGAUAUGCUUAGAAGCACGGUGCUAAUUAAAAGUUCCAAAAACUGGUAUGCGCUUUAAACGUGUCUCUGUUGUACGUUUGUGUGUAUUGUACGCGAGUAUGUAUGCAUGUAUGUGCGUUUGCAUGAAUGAUAAAAAGAUAUCGAUAGUGGUGAAUACUAAACCGAGGACAUUUCUUUUUCAUUGAAAGAAAAACAACAUGCAGUGGAAAAUGCUUAGAAAAAAUAAUUUUAAAAAACCAGAAAUGAAAAUGCUACGAGUGUGAAAGAAAAUUAGCAUGUGAGUGAGAGUGAGAGUGAGAAAGAAAGAGAGAGAGAGAGUGAGUGAGAGAGUGAGUGAGAGAGUGAGAGAGAGAGAGAGAGAGAGAGAGAGAAAGGGGAAGGCACCGUUGUAAUUCUCAAUUGUAACAGAUAGUAAUAUGCCGAACACACAGAAACAUGGUUAAGUGCCUACUCGUAAAAAAGAAACAAGUGAAACUUUGAAUUACAAGCAAUUAUUCUCUGGCAAGAUAGCACAUUAAGAGGAUUAUACAAUAUUACGAUUUAUUGAUGGUAGAAUAAUUUCCGAUAAAGCGAAUCGUUUUUAUUACCCGACAAUACACAAGUAGAUAAUAGCGAUAGCAUAUCCACCAUUCUUGGAUCGUGCUAAGCACCGAUAUGUUGUCCGUAUUAUUAUAGAAAAAAAAUUAUAAAAAAAAUACAAAAAAAAAAAGAUAUUCUAAUCAAGAAAUAAGAAUGCGAUGAAUUAUCGACAUCGCUUUGUAAGCCAAAAAAAACAAAACAAAACACGAUUUCCUUCUACCGAAAGAUACAUUAAAAUUAUCUUUGAUUUUCAAUAAUAUAUGUCAUAUAUACAGAGGUAGAAAAACAAAAGGGCAAACUGGACAAAUAAAUAAUAAGCCUCGUGUCAAAGAUUAUACGGAGAUAAUCAUAAAAAUAAUAUAAGAAACAUCUUAAUGAUCGGCUUACACAUAAUCUCUAUGUAUAGUGUACCGUACUAUUAGUAUAUUACGAACAGUGAUUAUUGAUAAUACGAAGCAAAAUGAAGGAUGAAGUAAAUAAUAAUAAUAAUAAUAAUUAAAAAAUAAAAUAAUAAAAAAAAAAGAAACCGGAACGCGCGUGUCCAAAAUUGAAAGUGACGUAUAAUAUAAUCAUUGCUGUGAACCGUACAUAUUCCGAAUAUUUCGUCCGUGCAAUUAAACUAAUCCAUUAACGUAUAAUGUAUCAUUAAAUAUCUUUUGUUUAUUUUUAAUUCUCUCUCUUGCACGUAGUAUAGAUAUAAACAUACAUUUAGUGAUACAGUAUAAAAUUGGACAAUAUGGCGCGUGGACGGUCAAUAUACGAGAUAAGAAUACAUUAUAUAUACGUACAUAAACGAAGCAUCGAGGAGAAAAAUCAAUGUGCUCGAUAGUAUCUCAUAUAUAUUAUCGUUUAUUCUAUUCUGUGUUUUUUUUAAUUCUUUUUUUUUUUUUAGCGAGAGAAGUAAAUGAUUUUACAUUAGAAAUUCAUACCUAUGAAAUGAUGAUGAUGAUGAUAAUGAUGAACGGUCGAUCAAUAUAGGAAAGAUUUGUUAAUACUUUCCUCACGUUAUUUUAUUUCACCCCUCAUCGACGAAUUAUCCGAUAAAACGGAACGAAAAAAAAAAGUAUUAGGAAAUCUAAUAGAUCGUCGUCCUCUUCAAAUGCAAAAUUAGUGACAUUAGUUACUUCUGCGAUUUUUUUUUCUUGCGUGUGAAUGUGUGUGUGUGUGUGUAUGCGACGUGUGGAUUGUUUGUAUGCAUAUUAUGUGUUUCCUUCAUUAAUUAUUACUAUUACUAUUAUUAUUAUUAUUAUUAUUAUUAUUAUUAUUAUUAUUAUUAUUAUUAUUAUUAUUAUAUAAAAUGUUCACAUAUACUACUAAUCUUUCCUCGUACCAUAACUUAGAGAGAACUUCAUCUAUUGAUUUCUUUCAGAUCUAAAAGCGAAACCGAAAGCAGCGAAAGUGUUCACGAGGAGGCCGAAUCUACGAUCUAAGUAGAAAAAAAGAAACCGCGCAACGAGCAAUAAAAAAUUAUAAUAUAUGUGCUCAACCUCGCUAAAAA